UCAAUUCUGCAAGUGGUUCUGAUUUACUAUCGCUGUUCUCUAGCUGGUCUAAAACCGAUUUUGACCUACAGGGAUGCUUUUUGGACGCCAUGGACUUUUCUAAGUUUCCAGGCAGAAAGAACAGUCAAAAUGCAGGCAGGGCACAGGACAAAGCAGUAGGGACAAAAUGUAUGUGAAAUGCUUUGAAACAGCAAUUUUAAAAAAAAAGUCAUUUUUUAAAAUUUUCAAAUUUGCUGUCCCGACGUCACAGGGACCGGAACACAGAAGCCGGAUGCCGGCAUUGGCCGGAGGAGAUGGCCGGGGACGCUGCAGGGGACGC